UAAUUUGACCCACGGGAUGCGGAGUUUGCUUAGAAGAGAGAAGAAGGUGACAGUUUCAGGCUGACCGCGACUGAUUACAUCUACAAAAAUGGUCGAUGCUUUCUGCGCAACAUGGAAACUGGUGGAUAGUCAGAACUUUGAUGACUACAUGAAGGCGCUAGGGGUUGGCUUUGCCACAAGACAAGUAGGCAAUGUCACCAAACCAACAGUAGUGAUCAGCCAGGAUGGGGAUAAGGUGGUGGUGAAAACUCUGAGCACAUUCAAGAACACUGAACUCUCCGCCAAACUGGGAGAGGAGUUUGAUGAGACCACACCUGAUGACCGGCAUGUAAAGUCUACCUUCAAUAUGGAGGGAGAUAAAUUUGUCCAGGUACAGAAGUGGGGUGGAAAGGAGACCAAAUUUGUAAGAGAAAUCAGGGAUGGAAAGAUGGUGAUGACGUUGACCUUUGAGGGAGUCACAGCUGUCCGAACAUAUGAGAAGGCCUAAACUUCAAGGAGCAGGUUCAUCGUUCAUCCCAGCACUGUCAACAAACAACAGAAAAAACUUUUUUACCAGGAAUGAAAACUAAAUAUGCUUUUUAUACAUUUCGAACAAUGGUUUGAACUUGACUUUUUUUCAUAACAUAAAUAUUAUGGAGAUUCUUUUGUAGUCAUGGGCCGGUAUGAAAUUCUUAUGGUAUGAUAACCUUGAGUAAAAACACCACGGUAUAACUUUAAAACAAAAAGACAUAGCGGGACAGCUUGGCAAUUGUACUUUUAAAACAGCUUUUUCUUAAUAAUGAUGGGUGGCGCUUCUUUAGUCUCAAUGGCAUGACCUUCCAAACAGAUAAGGUUUUUUCUUGCAAGUGAGGGCAGAGUGCAGAAGAGACUGGUAGCACGCUGGAAUAGAUGGGGGAGGUGGAUGCAGUGCCACGCUGUGACAAUAGUUACAAUAUGAUGGAAAAUUUCUCUGGUUUUGUAAUUGUAACUUUUUAAACCCUGAUGACUUUCCCUUGUCCAUUCUUUUGUAAGAUCGGAUGAUGAUAAACUAUUUCUGACAGAUGUGUUAAAAGAGAAAAUAUGUAAUAAACUGCUGAACUAAA